AUGAAAUAUAGCUUUGUAAAUUUAAAUCACAUAAAUUAUCACUAAAUGAAGUAGAAAUUAAGUUGAAAGUAGGAAAACAAACUUUCGACGUCGCGAUAGUGAUGUGUCAGCGAUGCAUUAGAAUCCAAAGUGUUCAAGAGAAUUAUCAUCUAGUGUCCAUGGCCUUGAAGGCUCACCUUGAAUAAGGAUGACAUGGGUAAUCUUUAGAUCUCCUUGGGAAGUAUAGAGAUCAAUGAAAUGGGUCGUGGAAUCAUUUUUGACGACUGUCACUUGGUAGAGCAGAAAAAUGACGACUUUACAGCUCUCUAGUAAUUGUCACCUAAUAGAGAGGAACUGAAUAGAGAUGGGGUUCAUGUUAGGGAGCUUCAUCCUCAAGUUUGCAUAGUAAGAGAAGGCUCUUCAUCAUACCGAGUAUGCUCUCAAGGGGUGACGACUUGUCUCCCAAUGAAUCAUUCUCUUUCCAACAACAACUUGUUCGUUGGUCAAUUGGAGAUGCUUUACUCGAUAGAUUCAUGAUCUUUUUAUUGCGAAUCAUUUAGUAAUUUUAGUAACAAUACUUUACAAAUUAUAUUGACGAGAUUUCUACCGAUGAUCUAAUAAUUCUAGCGACUUAAUCAUUCACUUAUAAUCUAUAAGAAAGUUGUGAUAAUCAGAAAAAAUAUAUGAGUUUUGGCUUUAGAAGGAUUUGAACUCAUGUCGAUUGCUUGCCUUCAAAGCUUUUUGGGGGAAGGUGUGACGCGGGUUUAGUUCUACAUCGCUUGUGCACCAAAAUUUUGGACGAAUAAAUACUAAUAUCACAUUUUCAAACAAUGAGUCUCUUUCUCUUAUUUGUACAACCACUUUUUACCUCACAAUUGGCUGGCCACCGGUGACGUGGAAGGGGAGUGGCGCACAUGUGCCCUCAUUGAUCUUAGCUGCUCAAGCCCUUGCUCAUGGCUCCUUCCUAACUGCACUUCCGACCUACUUGUGGGCCCGACUAGCCGACGGGUCCCCCCACAUUUUACUAUAUUUUUAUUUUUAUUUCUUUUUCUUCAUUUAUCUCAAAAAUAAAACUAUAAAAAUCAUAUAAAUUCAUAAAAAAUCACAUAAUUAGCCAAAACUUUACAUUAAUUAACUCAAAAUUACUUUUCACACUAUAAUAUAAAUAUAAGUCUAUUUAUCAUGAGUUAAGACUAAAACUAUCUUAUUUAGUAAUUAUUAAUUCAUGAUAAUGAAAACUUAUCACUAGUUAAGUGAGUCAACUCAUAAUAAGAAUAUAUUAAAAUCUAAUUUAUCACUUAACGAAUUUACUCAUUUAGGAAGAACCAACCUAAAAUUGAAGGAGAUAGCAAGGUAAAAUAGCAAUCUUAUAUUAUAAAAAAUAUUCUCUCAUACCCCUUAAUGACAUUUUCAUCACUACCUCUCACCAUUCCACUCUACCAUCAUGUCUUGCUUACACUAAAAUAGUUUAACAUUCUACUAUAAUGAGCUUAGUUGGCAGACUAUUAUUGACCUACAAAUAUUGAAAUAGCCUUUGUUUUACUCCUUAAAAAUGCCGCAACCAAUUUCCCAGGCAAAGCCUCACACCUAAAAUCUUUUGAAAUUUUUGAAGGACCUCUAUUCAUUGACCCAAAAAAAAUUAUGCUAAUAAAAAAAAUUAUAGCUAUUGAACUUAAGAAGCACCAAAUGUCCAAAAAUCUAUAUCAUUCACAAAUCAAACUCUUAUAGAUAUAAAUUAGAUGAACUAUCACACUAUGAAUCAUCUAAUAAACUAUUUAAUCAUAUUUUCAUAGAUUUUUAUACUUGACUUGAAAAUAAAUAUCUACCAAAGUGGUAAAGAAAUGUAGAGCAAAAGUAAUAGAAAAUCAGAAAAGUUUUAAUCUUCUUCUAAGUUGACUAAACAUCAUCUUUAUUCAUCAAACUUUCAACAGCCUUCAACACCUUUUCCAAAUCAUAUCCCUUGAUUAAUUGAUAAUGUUUUUCAGUGAACAUAGUGGAAAUAUAACUGAUUAUUAGGGUACACAGUUCAAGAAUAUUAUUAAUAUUACAGCCAAGUAUAUGGCCAUAGGUAGUAGUUUUAGUCCCAACUAGGGCACUCAAAGAGCUAAGAUGAGUGGUGAGUUGACCUUCUUGUUUUCCCUGUAAAAUAUUUUUCAAGGUUGAAGAAAGGCUUUGAGAUUUAUCGUAGUUGAUAAACUCUAUCACAUCUGGUUCGUGUGCAGUCGAACCCAUGAGGCUGGAAGUGGGCUUCCAGGCUUCUGGGAUUUGUCUGAACGAUCACUCGGAGGCCUUCUUUGAGGCGCCACAAACACCUCCAACAGCUGCCCAACUCCUCCCCCUCGCUGUCUCCAUUCCACCCUCGCUUCAGUUUUUCGCUUGCUCGCUUGUCUUCUCCCAUUGGAGCAGUGUGUGAGGAGGCAGUGGAGUCUGCCAGGAGGAGCAGCUGGCGCAACUCAUCACCAUCGCAGCCAUCCUUGGGCGGACAUCCAUCCCCCAGAUCUGGCAAGCAUGAAGAACUGGGCAGCACGCCGCUACUCGGAAGCAAGGAGAAGCAUCUCACUCUUCAAGCCGGGUGUUUCAGCCGUAUUCGGUUUGGCCUUCGUGAUCUUUGCUAGCCUGCUUGUUGUGCUCUUCGUCUCCGGAACUUACAGGCCUCCGUUGUGGUCCCUCUCCGGCAUAGACCGGGACAGCGCACUGCGGCAGCAGCAACAACCACCGGAGAACGGUCAGUUCAUCUCCUCCCUCUCCCCUCGCGUCAUCUCUCCUGACAAUAGAAACAGCAGCAAUACCACUGGCAUACUCCUCGCUGUGACUGUAGAAAUCCUUCCUUUUCUCGAAUCGGUUCUCUGCACCUGGAAUCAUACUCGACAUCCGUCUCUGCCGAUCCGCCACCUGCCGUGA